AUGCAUAUAAAAAAGGAGUACGGGGGGUUAGGAGUUAGGCAGUUGCGAGAGUUCAAUGAGGCAUUGUUGGGGAAAUGGUGUCGGAGAUUAUUAGUUGAUAGAAGAGGGUUAUGGUAUCAGGUGUUGGUUGCUAGGUAUGGUGUGCGUGAUGGGAGGUUGGAGGAUGGGGGCCGGAGUGGUUCUAUUUGGUGGAUGGAGGUUCGUAGGAUUAGGGAUGGGAUCAGUGGAGGCGGUGAUGGCUGGUUUGAGGGUUGUGUGGUUAGGCGUGUGGGUGAUGGUGAGGGUACUUUGUUUUGGCAUGAUCGUUGGUGUGGUGAUGUCCCUUUCCCGAUUCGAUUUAGCAGAUUGUUUGGUUUAGCGUUGAAUAAAUCAAUAACUGUUAAAGAUAUGUUUUCUCUUGGUUGGGGGACGACAGGUGAUGGGUGGCAGUCGCGUAGGGCUUUGUGGGUGUGGGAGGAGGAGCUUUUAGAGGAGUGUAGGUUGUUACUUACUAAUGUUUCUUUGCAGCCUCUUUCUUAUGAUGUGUGGCAGUGGCAACCGGAUCCCGUCAAUAGGUACUCGGUUCGCGGUGUGUAUGAUAUGCUCACUAAUCAGGAGAUUCCGCAGGAUAUGCUUUGGGACGAUUUGGUUUGGCAUAACCAUGUUCCGAUUAAGGUGUCUAUUUUUGCUUGGCGGUUGCUUCGUGAUCGAUUUCCCACUAAGUCUAACUUAGCAACCCGUGGUAUUUUGGAUUUUCAGGCGUGUUUAUGUGUAUCAGGUUGCGGCAUGUUGGAAGAUGCACGACAUCUAUUUUUGUCUUGCAGCUACUUUGGUUCUUUAUGGCCUUUAGUGAGGUGGAUUGAAAUCCCGGAGAUCCUUUCUACAACUUAUUCGGUUACUCACGACGUGGGUUAUAUGGAAUGA